GGGAAUGCCGCCGAGUUGGCAAUGUGGCCAUGUCGUUCCUUCACCGUACAAGAGACUCUCCUCCCCAGAGCUCUGCGCGCGGCGGCAGUUCGUCAGCUAGGCGUCCCGUGCACAUUCGGUGACCGGCUCCAUUUGGGAGUCCGCGAGCCUCUGUUUGCCCGAAGUAUUUCUCAUAGCACGGCUCACUCUUUACUAUUUGUACGUCAACAAAGAGCUACAUAUACCACAUUUCCAUCCCCCGCUGCAAUCAAUAUCACUCCUAUACCGCCAAUUUCGCAAGUAGACCAAGAGAAAGUUAGUAAUCAUACGCCUGAAAGCGUCUCCGCUGGGGGCACGAGGGACGAACAUGCGGGAAUCUCUGAUGGUCCGGUAGAUAGUAAUGAAGCUUCGCGCGCAACGAGCCCCCCAGUUCCGGGUGAGCCUAUGAAGUCUGGUAUAGUAUUACCCACAAGAGCGCAACCCGUCAAGUAUGAGACAGACUGGGACGAUGGGGUCUUGGACUUGAUAACAAAGUCUGUGGGUGGUGAGAAUGCAAACGCGGACAUUGCGGAUGAGAUCAGUCCGGCAACUGCGUGCGGCACUAUUGACAAACAAGCGUCAGAUGUAGGACAGGGCGACACUAGUGUCCGUCCCGCAACUGCAUGCGGCGAAGAUGAGAAGCAAGCGUCAGAUGUAGGACAGGGCGACACUAGUGUCAGUCCUGCAACUGCAUGCGGCAAAGAUGAGAAGCAAGCGUCAGAUAUAGGACAGGGCGACACUAGUGUCAGUCCUACAACUGCAUGCGGCAAAGAUGACAAACAAGAUGUAGGACAGGACGACACUAGUGUCGGCCCGGCAGCGACCGCUGAUUUGGAGUCUUCUUGUGAUAUUACACAUUUGGGCCCUACGAUUACAGUCCAGGAAGUGGAUUUGGCCUCUGGUGAUUUACUUACAAGCUCCGAGGCGCUUUUGGGACGGAAGUCUUCAGAGCCCGUUGAUGUAAAUGUACUCGACAUCUCCGAGGAGAAUCGGACUGCAGAGGCCUCUGCAGAUAAGUUCAGCGGUGCAACGCCACCGCAGGAUCCGCUCUCCGUGGCAACUGCCGCUCAGUAUACCGGGGCCGAAACCGCAAAGGAUAUCCCGACCAGGGAUGGGCCAUCAGAACCAGAUAGCGAUUUGAACAUGAAUCGCUUGAGCCGCAUGGAGAUCUCGAUGGCCAGUUUAGUAGCAGAACAGGAACAAAUUGCGUCCACAUUAAAUGGUCUAGCGACAAACAUGACGGGAUUAGCUACGGAUAUGGAGGCAACAAAGGACCAGCUGCAUGCGUUCAGACAUUCCGCAAUUCACCGGAUGGACUCCAGUGAUGGUGGCUGGAGUAAAAACAUGAAGCAGCUUGAAGACCGGAUAGUUCAGAUAGAGAGGAAAGAGCAAUAUCUUUGGAACAAGCUACUCCAAUUGAAAGGGGAGACUGACGCAAGCCUAAAGCAACUACGUGCACAAGUUGACAAGAUACCUGACCUGCUGGAGCGGCGGUUAUCUGAAGCACAAGAAAAAUCAACAACGCCAGCGGUCUCCGACCGGCGCUCUAUAGGCUUUAACCCCACAAAGGCAAUUCGAAAUAAAGUCAAAUCAAUCCGCAACCACACAAUUACGACGGUGCAACGUGUAGUUGGUGUUGCAGAUUCGAUUACUGCCAAAGUUUCCGACGCCUGGUCAAGCGCCAGGCGAAAAACAGCAAGGGUCUUUAUUUCUCUGGGAAAUAAGGUUUCUCCAUUAACACCGGAAAUCUCUUCAGUGACCGAAGUAGGAGAGCGUAAACUGGAUGCCGAUUUACUUGUCCCAAUAAUUGUGAGACGCUUGACGACGGCUGGCAUUCGUCCGUAUACGACGGAACCUUAUGCCAUCUACCUUAUCGACUCCAUCUCCGAAGCUGAGACUUUUAUGUCGAUUGUAAUGGAUGAAUCAGGAACCUCUCCCCACCAUCGCAUUCGGGUUGUAGGAUUUGACACUGAGACUGCCUUUCGGAACGAUGAACAUAACAAUUUUGGACCGACGAGCAUGGUGCAGAUUGCCUUUGCGGAAGGCCUUGUUGGUAUAUUCCAGAUUUAUCGUAUGUGCGCGGCGGAGACGUCGGGAACGUUGAAAAUUGACAAAAGUCGGUUUCCGAAAUUGUUGAAGGCAUUUAUUUCCAGUACCAUUACUAUUAAAACUGGCGUUGGGAUAUGGGGAGAUUUGAAAAACCUCCAAAGACACUACGACGUCGAGAUUCCUAUCGAAGCCGUGGUAUCGUUAGACUCACUUGGACGCACAAUUGGCGUUCAAAGAUGGUCCCUCGCGGCGCUCAGUUCGCAGUAUUGCGAUAUGGAGCUUCAGAAGGGUACCAGCCCACCCAAAAGGUGGGACGCGCCACGAAAUCUCAUCUCGAGAAAUGCGGUUUUGUAUGCUGCCAACGAUGCUCUAGCUGGUCUGAGAAUAUACAAGAGUAUGGUCAGGCCACCUAAAGAACGGACAUUAGUCUCGGAUGACACUUCCGUCGAGCGAGUGCAAAGUCCCGUUAUUCAAUCGGGUGGCACCGCAACUACGGCAGCGUCGUUCGAUGAAAUUGCCGAUAACAUUUUUCCGAAAAUGAGAAAAGCACUGUUCGGACAGCGACAAGUGGUGCCACGUCUCCAGGCUCAGAGAUGGAUGAUGGCAGCGGUACCUGCCUGGAAGGAGCUUUCAGAUUUUGAAAAGCGAGAAAAUGCACAUCGAUGUGUGGAUAUAUUUAUCAAGGACAGACGAUUACUUCAGGGCCGUCGCGGCCUAGCGCUGGCGUCGCAGCAUCCCACCUCUAGGUUGACGGCCAAAAAUUUACCCUCAAGUCAAUAUGUUCUUAUUGACACAAGUUCGAAUGAUGUGGGCGACGACAAGCUUAUAUUUGAGGAGAUUUCAACGUCGAAUACAUCCAGUCCAUCAAAUGUGGGACGUGAUACGUCGGACUCUGCAGUGAAGACUGUUCCAUCCAAGCCCGCUGAUCAACGCAGUGGCGUAGUGGAUACCCCAGUGCAAGCAGCAAGCGGCAAACCCACAGAAAAGUCAAAGUCUACAACUGUUGACAAAUCUCCUCCUGCAAAGAUCGCAAAGGAAGAACACGGCGAUGCAGUGGAUACCCCAUUGCAAACAGCAUCGGCGAGCGCCAAGCCCGCUGAAAAGUCGAAGUCUGUAGCCGUUGUUGACAAAACGCCUCCUGCGACACUUGUAAGAGACGAAAGUAGUGGUACAGUGGAUAGCUCAGUGCAAAUGUCAGCUGCGAACGCGAAAGCCGCGGAAGGAGAGGAUGUCUUGGGCAACGCAGCCGCCAAGGUUCAAUCACUUCAGGAUAUUGCUGACCAAAUAGCUGCUGCCCUUGACGAUGCUGGCGACGCACCGUUCUUCACUAUUUACAGACAGUUCUUCGAUACACCCAUAGCAAUAAGUACCAUCAGCGCGUCGAUUCAAAAUGGCAUGAAUUGGUCGUCGAUUCCGAAAACGGUCGAUCGAUCACUUAUCAGCGAUGCGUUGAUACAGCGUUUACGGCAGCAAGGAAGAUUAGUUGAUGCCACUGUACCCGACCGCGUACAGCUGGUCAUGAAGGCAGAAGAUAUCCCAAAGGAGGUUCUAACGCAAAUCGAAAUGACUGCCGAUCCAUUUGUUGUGCUUUGGAAGGUGUUUAAUACACGCGGAACACAGAUAGGACGACUCCAGAAACACUUGGUGAUGCCCCAACGAGGUCUAUGGCCAGAUUGUAAGAACCACAGCCAGCGACAGCUUUUCGCAAUGGUGUCCGCUUGGCAGCUCUAUGUGAAUCAGCGACUCCUUCGUGUUGAUAACAACACUUUUCGAUUGGACCCGAACGAUGCUGCGAUCCCAAGAUUAGCAGCAUCCAAGCAAUCGAAAAAAGACAGUAGUAAACCCGAGAAAACUAAGAAGGACAGCAGCAAAAGCAAUGCGGCAAAGGAAGAGAUUAGUGCAGCUGACGGUACGAAGGAGCCUCCCAACGUCUCGAAAUCCAAUGAGUCGAAGAAUACUGGCGCAGCCCCAAAGGUCAAAGAGUCGAACGUUCCUACACAUCCGAGCUCUGUUGCAGUCAUUAGCGCUUCAACAAGUUCUGAACCGUCAACCACGUGCACAAAGGAAUCACAUCAGUCUGCCCUAGAUGCUCAUGCGAGAGAAGAUGGGACGACUGUGGCAAGUAGUAACGUGGAGGAUGGCAUUGCUCAAAAUGGGAUGACUGCUAGUACUGCGAAUACCAUUGAUAGUGGCUUGCCCAUCAAGGAGUCAUCUGAAGCGGAAAUUAAACAUGAGGUUGUGCCCAUUGAUACUGUUUUGAUGACCAUGGCGGAGGCCCAGGAUCCAGGAGGGGAAGAACCGGAUCCGAUUGUUAGAAGUGAGGGAGACGCGCCGACGGGAUCUGUUGCAACGAUCAACGUCGAAAAGCAUGAGAAGAACGCGGCGACAGGAACUGUUGCAACGAUCAACCUCGAAACGCAUGAGCAGAUCGAGGCGACAGGAACUGUUCCGAUGAUCAACCUCGAAACGCAUGAGCAGAUCGAGGCGACAGGAGCUGUUCCGAUGAUCAACCUUGAAAAGCAUGAACAGAUCGAGGCGACAGGAACUGUUCCGACGAUCAACCUUGAAAAGCAUGAACAGAUCGAGGCGACAGGAACUGUUCCGACGAUCAACCUCGAGAAGCAUGAGCAGAUCGACCUUUCUAUUUUUGAGGAUAAAUCAGAUACCUUGGAGCCUACAGCGACAGUACAGGCUCUGGAGACAAACAAUAUGACUGAGCUUGCUUCCGAUGACAAUAUAGCGCCCGAGGAAUCCGGUUCAGCACUGAAGAUCCCAACAUCUGCAAGCGAAGUGAGAGAGGUAUCAGUGGAAACGCCCAAUGUUGUUGAAGCACGGCACACAGCACCGCACGAAGCACAUGCCUUGGUACAAACAAAAGACGUUCUCCAGACGGAGGGGCAGGCAGCAUUGGGGGAAAUUGAAGAGUCUAAAUUACCUGUAAAAUCUGAUACAGCCCAUAUGGUAACUGAGCUGCGACAGAUCCAUGAUGCUAUCCCGCCACAAACAACGUCUAGUGUACAAACAUCAAAAAACACAGCAACGAUCGGAGUUCUUGGAGACAUUGAGAGAUCGCGCAAGCCCGACAUGAAGCACAAGGACACCACUGCUCCAAGGGCUGCCAGUACUGUCGAUCGGCAGCUAGAGAAAUGGAUGGCAGCGUUGCAGACGCGUAAGGAGAGGUAGUGCAAGUUUACAUGCGUGUAGAUAGACAUAUUCUUGAAAAGUUUGUAUAUAGCAUAGCAUCAUCUUAUCUAAAAUUUUUAUUUUAUUAUAUACCUCUGCUGGCCCGCCA